CCGCCGCCGCCGCCGCCACUGCCGCUGCCUCGCAAAAUGGCGAACCCGAACAAAGGGGAAUCCGGCCUCCCUCCAACCGCCUCCGCGCAGGCGCCUCGGAGACCACACCCCAUAACCUCAGCCGGACUCGCCCCGCCCCCGCCCCGAGGAGCAAUGCGCAGGCCCCUCUUGUAAGCCACGCCUAUUUCCUGGAUUGACGCCACCUCCGGCAGGUGGACUACGCAGGCGCCUUCAAGUCGUGCCAGAGCCUUCAACUCAAACAUCUUUGAACGUAGUACAACGCAGGCGCUAAUUCGCCCUUUUGCCAACUGCCCACCCCUUUCUAAGCGAACAUGGGGACACACCCCCGGAGCUAAUGCGCAAGCGCCGAUCUUCCCCGCUCGCGGUCGGCUCUCAGGACGCAUGCCCGAGCGGCAGCGGGAGACCCCGGAGUUUCCCGCCGGAAGUGCCGCGGAGCGGCCACAGAGAGCGGGCUCGGCUCGCUAGCUAGAGGGGCUCGUUUCCGCCGCUACGGGGCGGGAGCGGCCAUCUUGGGUGCGUGCCGUCGAGGCUGUGGCUGGAUUGGCUCCGCGUCGGGGCUGGUCCUGUUCCCCACCUACCAGGGUUGGACCGAGCCCUUUCUCGCGGGGCGGAAACCUCCCAGCGGCCGACUGUUUUUCAGCAGAAGACACAGAUUGUGAAAGUAGCCACUCAGUAUCAUGGCCAGCAGCCUUAAUGAAGAUGCAGAAGGAAGCAGAAUCACUUAUGUGAAAGGAGAUCUUUUUGCAUGCCCCAAAACAGACUCUCUAGCCCACUGUAUCAGUGAGGAUUGUCGCAUGGGCGCUGGGAUUGCUGUCCUCUUCAAGAAGAAAUUUGGAGGGGUGCAGGAGCUGUUAAAUCAACAAAAGAAGCCUGGAGAAGUGGCUGUCCUGAAGAGAGAUGGGAGAUACAUAUAUUACUUGAUCACAAAGAAAAGGGCUUCGCACAAGCCAACGUACGAGAACUUACAGAAGAGCUUAGAGGCCAUGAAGUGCCACUGCCUGAAGAAUGGAGUCACCGACCUUUCCAUGCCCAGGAUUGGAUGUGGUCUUGAUCGCCUGCAAUGGGAAAAUGUGUCUGCAAUAAUCGAGGAAGUAUUCGAGGCAACAGAUAUCAAAAUCACUGUGUACACGCUGUGAACAAAUGAAGAACAUUUUGGAUGUGUCCGUGUUCUCCGGUGUCAUCCCUACUUGGCCAUAAGACUGAGUAAACUGACCUGGGGAGAGGAAGCUUUUCACGUGGAGCACUCGGUGUCAUAGAUCAGGCUGGGGUUGCUGUAUUCUCAUACUUGGACUGGGACUCUGCAGGAGGGAUUGCUUGGGGAUGUUGCUGUGUUUUUUGCAGCAGGGUCAGGAGUAGGUGGCCUGAUGUUAGCCAGGAAAACCAGAUAGUGGGACCCAUGGUAUGUUCCGCUCCAAUACAGUGAUCAAUUCCUGGGCCGGCCACUAGGUGGCAGCAUUGAUUUUUAGUUCUCUGAUUUUUGAGAGAAAUUUCAGGAAUGGUGAACUUUGAGUUAUUUGGGGAUCUUGUUUGUGUGCUUACCUUGGUAUUAUUCUUAGGCAUCAGGGUCAUCUAGGACAGAAUUAUGGGUUGCUUUGUUUUUGUUUUAAUUACAGAAUUGAGUCUCACCUUGUUAGCACAUAAUUUUGGGUGAUAAAAGUGGAAAAAUAAAUCUUGGGGUUCAUUGCCUGUGCCUGUGUGGGUCACGAAUGGGGUGACCAAGGACAAACCUAUAGCUUUAUCUGGAAGGGUCCAGCAGGUCCACUGGGAGGAGCAGUAAGGUAAGAAGUAGGAAAGACGAAUGGAUGAGAGCUGGGGAUCGGGAUAGUGGUGAGGCUGGGUUUGGACCUCAGGCUGCCCUCUUCUCUCUGCUGCAGUUUCUGUAGUUGGAAACACUGGACUUCUCCCUGAAAUAAUAAGUGUUAAAUGCCUGGCAAAGCUCAGCACAGAGUAAUGACUCAAUGCAUAGACGAUAAUAUGCAAGCCACCGGAUAAACGAAGCGUUUUCCUUUUUUUGCUUGCUGUGGUGCUGAGGGUUAAAACAGCCAAACUGGCUCCUGAUUUUCUCCCUGGAGUGGAUGCCGGGUCGGCUACACUCCCUAGUGUAAAAGAACAGCUGGAUUUUAGGAGGGGGCUUGUUGGGACACUAGGUAGGCCCUGGUUAAGUAUAAUCUUGGGACUUCAGACUGGAGUUCGUAUUGCAUUCAGCCUGAUCUGGGCAGUGGUUUCCAGAGCUCUUCGGCUCUGUGUCUGCAGGUGAAGCAGGCAAGUUCUGGCGCUGUGGGUGCUGGAGCGUGCAGGGCGGUUCACUAGUGUAAUGUUAGGCUGGAGCUUUUCUGAGUGCUUCUGUUGACAAGAUAGAAUUGCAGGGAAGAAAGGAAGGGAAUGUCUGCACAGAAUUGAGAAUGAAGGUUGGCUAAUAAGCAGAACUGAAGUAGUUCAUUUUUUUUUUGUCAUGUUCAGGAUUGAACCCAGGGCCUUGUGCAUUUUAGGCAAAUGCUUUACCUUUAAGGUUCACCCCCAGGCCCUGUGUAAAUAAAUUUUAACACUUGGGUCAAAACAUUGGUACUCUAGGCUUCCUUUACUUUUAAGUUGAAAUUACAGUUAAUUUUUUUUCUGGA